GGUCGGGAAAUUAUCGACCUUUUCAAUUUCAUCGUCAAAAACACUUACAUCUCUAGAUUCUAGGCGCGAUGGACUAAAAUCCAAAUUGCAAAUGGCUGCCGCGUAAAAUAUUGCGUUUUCUAUUUGCAACGAGUAAAUUUCUAAAUAAUCCAAUGUAUUUCAAUAAUUGUGUUAGUUAUAUAGUUAAGUAGGCCGAAAGAGAGAAAAAAGCCGCAGCCAUGUCGCUGCCGCCGUACCUCUUGGGGCCCAACCCCUGGGCCACCAUGAUGGCCCAGCAGCAGCUGGCGGCGGCGCAACAAGCGGCUCUGCAGGCGCACGCUGCCGCCACGGCCGCGGCGCCCCCUGUGCCGCCAACUCAGCCUCCCAAACCACAUCAUAUAUCAGAGGAGAAGAUCAAGGAUAAAGCUCAAAAAUGGCUCCAACUGCAGUCAAAGCGUUUUGCCGAAAAGAGAAAAUUUGGUUUCGUGGACGCUCAAAAAGAAGACAUGCCACCUGAGCAUAUUCGCAAAAUCAUUCGCGACCAUGGUGACAUGACCAGUCGUAAAUACAGGCAUGACAAAAGAGUAUACCUCGGAGCCCUAAAAUACAUGCCCCAUGCUGUUAUGAAGCUGUUAGAAAAUAUGCCUAUGCCUUGGGAACAGAUUAGGGAUGUACGAGUCCUUUACCAUAUUACGGGUGCAAUAACUUUCGUGAAUGAAAUCCCAUGGGUCAUUGAGCCAGUAUACAUAGCACAGUGGGGUACUAUGUGGAUUAUGAUGAGAAGAGAAAAGCGCGAUCGACGUCAUUUCAAACGUAUGCGCUUCCCUCCAUUCGAUGAUGAGGAACCACCGUUAGAUUACGCUGAUAACAUCUUAGAUGUAGAACCCUUAGAGCCAAUUCAAAUAGAAAUGGACCCAGAUGAAGAUGCCGCAGUUGCCUCAUGGUUCUACGACCACAAACCACUAUUAAACACGAGACAUGUAAACGGGUCAACUUACAGAAAAUGGAACUUGACUUUACCCCAAAUGGCAACUCUGUACCGACUUGCGAAUCAAUUGCUCACAGACCUGGUCGAUGAUAACUAUUUCUACCUAUUUGAUUCAAAGAGUUUCUUCACUGCCAAAGCUUUAAAUAUGGCAAUACCUGGUGGUCCAAAGUUUGAGCCCCUGGUGAAGGAUAAUUCAGCUGGUGACGAAGAUUGGAAUGAGUUUAAUGACAUCAAUAAGAUUAUCAUUCGUCAGCCAAUCAGGACAGAGUACAGGAUCGCUUUUCCAUACCUGUACAACAACUUGCCACAUUUCGUUCAACUGUCUUGGUAUCACACUCCAAACGUGGUAUACAUCAAAACAGAAGACCCUGACUUACCAGCGUUCUACUUUGAUCCUCUCAUCAAUCCAAUAUCCCAUAGACAUACUGUGAAAUCUCUAGACCCGGUACCAGAAGAGGAAGAUUUCUUACUCCCAGAAGAAGUGUCUCCAUUCCUACAAGAGACAGCUUUGUAUACGGACAACACUGCCAAUGGGAUUGCACUGUUGUGGGCUCCAAGACCAUUCAAUAUGAGAUCAGGUCGCACACGCCGAGCCAUCGAUGUCCCUCUAGUAAAGACGUGGUACAAAGAGCACUGCCCGCCCGGCCAGCCCGUCAAAGUGCGCGUGUCGUACCAGAAGCUACUCAAGUAUUACGUGCUCAACGCGCUCAAGCAUCGACCGCCCAAACCACAGAAGAAGAGGUACCUCUUCCGUUCGUUCAAAUCGACGAAGUUCUUCCAAACCACAACCCUGGAUUGGGUGGAAGCUGGUCUGCAGGUGUGCAGGCAAGGGUACAACAUGCUCAACCUGCUCAUCCACAGGAAGAAUCUGAACUACUUGCAUUUGGACUAUAACUUCAACUUGAAACCUGUGAAGACUCUCACCACUAAGGAGAGAAAGAAGUCCCGCUUCGGUAACGCGUUCCACUUGUGCCGUGAGAUCCUCCGGUUGACGAAGCUGAUAGUGGACUCGCACGUCCAGUACCGCCUGAACAACGUGGACUCCUUCCAACUGGCCGAUGGUCUUCAGUACAUCUUCGCACACGUCGGCCAGCUGACUGGAAUGUACAGAUACAAGUACAAGCUCAUGCGGCAGAUCAGAAUGUGCAAGGACUUGAAACAUCUGAUUUACUACCGGUUUAAUACGGGUCCCGUAUCAAAAGGCCCAGGCUGUGGCUUCUGGGCUCCAGGAUGGCGUGUGUGGCUUUUCUUCAUGCGCGGAAUCACGCCACUGCUCGAGAGAUGGCUUGGAAACCUGCUUUCCAGGCAGUUUGAAGGCAGACAUUCCAAAGGAGUCGCAAAAACUGUGACAAAGCAGCGCGUGGAAUCUCACUUCGACCUCGAGUUGCGAGCGUCAGUGAUGCACGACAUAGUGGACAUGAUGCCGGAGGGCAUCAAGCAGAACAAGGCGCGGACCAUCCUGCAGCAUCUGUCCGAGGCCUGGCGCUGCUGGAAAGCCAACAUACCUUGGAAAGUGCCUGGCCUCCCAACGCCAAUCGAGAACAUGAUUCUCCGAUACGUGAAAAUGAAAGCGGAUUGGUGGACUAAUACUGCGCAUUACAACCGCGAGAGGAUCCGCCGCGGCGCCACAGUCGACAAGACCGUGUGCAAGAAGAACCUGGGUCGACUCACUAGGCUCUACUUGAAGGCUGAGCAAGAGAGACAGCAUAACUAUCUCAAGGACGGUCCAUACAUCUCGCCCGAGGAAGCCGUAGCAAUCUACACGACAACCGUCCACUGGCUGGAAUCGCGUCGUUUCGCACCCAUUCCGUUCCCGCCUCUCUCGUACAAGCAUGACACCAAACUCCUUAUCCUGGCCUUGGAGCGAUUGAAAGAGGCCUACAGUGUCAAGUCCAGGCUUAACCAGAGUCAGAGAGAGGAGUUGGGCCUCAUUGAACAGGCCUACGAUAAUCCCCACGAGGCCUUGUCGAGGAUCAAGCGUCAUUUACUCACUCAGAGGACUUUCCGAGAGGUGGGCAUCGAAUUCAUGGACCUAUACUCUCAUCUGGUGCCAGUGUACGACGUGGAACCGCUGGAGAAGAUAACAGACGCCUACCUAGACCAGUAUCUGUGGUACGAAGCAGACAAGCGGCGCUUGUUGCCACCCUGGGUGAAGCCUGCCGACACCGAGCCAUCUCCAUUACUGGUGUAUAAGUGGUGUCAGGGUAUCAACAACUUGCAAGACGUGUGGGAGGUCGGCGAGGGCGAAUGCAACGUGCUGCUCGAGUCGCGUUUCGAGAAGCUGUACGAGAAGAUCGAUCUGACGCUGCUCAAUCGACUCCUGCGAUUGAUCGUCGAUCACAACAUCGCCGACUACAUGACCGCGAAGAACAACGUGGUUAUUAACUACAAGGACAUGAACCACACGAACUCCUACGGAAUCAUACGUGGUCUCCAAUUCGCGUCGUUUAUAGUUCAGUACUACGGACUCGUGUUGGAUCUCCUUGUUUUGGGUCUGCAAAGAGCGAGCGAGAUGGCAGGACCUCCACAAUUGCCGAACGAUUUCCUCUCGUACCAAGACAGAGCGGCGGAGCAGGCGCAUCCUAUACGACUGUACUGCCGAUAUAUCGACAGGAUACACAUUUUCUUCAGGUUCACCGCAGAAGAAGCGAGAGACCUGAUCCAACGGUACCUGACAGAGCAUCCAGAUCCAAACAACGAGAACAUAGUCGGCUACAACAAUAAGAAAUGCUGGCCGAGAGACGCGAGGAUGCGACUAAUGAAACACGAUGUCAAUUUAGGUCGCGCAGUGUUCUGGGACAUCAAAAACCGUCUACCGCGCUCUGUUACCACGAUACAGUGGGAGAACAGCUUCGUCUCUGUCUACUCCAAGGACAAUCCUAACCUUCUGUUCAAUAUGGCGGGCUUCGAGUGCAGAAUAUUGCCUAAGUGCCGAAGUCAACACGAAGAGCUCUCCCACCGCGACGGUGUCUGGAACCUCCAGAACGAAGUGACCAAAGAAAGGACAGCGCAGUGCUACCUUCGAGUUGACGAUGAAUCUCUUGCAAGGUUCCACAACAGAGUGCGGCAGAUUUUGAUGGCUUCAGGGUCCACCACCUUCACCAAGAUUGUUAACAAGUGGAACACUGCACUCAUUGGUCUAAUGACAUACUUCCGCGAAGCAGUGGUCAACACGCAAGAGCUUUUGGACCUGCUGGUGAAGUGCGAGAACAAGAUACAGACGCGUAUCAAGAUCGGCCUCAACUCGAAAAUGCCCUCGAGAUUCCCGCCCGUCGUUUUUUACACGCCCAAAGAGUUGGGCGGGCUCGGCAUGCUGUCUAUGGGACAUGUUUUGAUUCCACAGUCCGAUCUCCGUUGGUCAAAGCAAACCGACGUUGGAAUCACGCAUUUCCGCUCAGGCAUGUCCCACGACGAAGAUCAGCUCAUUCCCAACUUGUACCGCUACAUCCAGCCCUGGGAAGCGGAAUUCGUUGACUCGCAACGAGUGUGGGCUGAGUAUGCCCUCAAGAGACAAGAAGCCAAUGCUCAGAACAGACGCUUGACUCUUGAAGAUCUGGAAGACUCUUGGGACCGGGGCAUACCCAGAAUCAACACGCUUUUCCAGAAAGACCGACACACCCUCGCCUACGACAAGGGAUGGCGUAUACGUACGGAGUUCAAACAGUAUCAGGUGUUAAAGCAGAAUCCCUUCUGGUGGACCCACCAAAGGCACGACGGCAAGCUGUGGAACCUGAACAACUACCGCACAGACAUGAUUCAGGCGCUCGGAGGCGUUGAAGGCAUCUUGGAACACACGCUGUUCAAGGGGACCUACUUCCCUACUUGGGAGGGGUUGUUCUGGGAAAAAGCAUCCGGUUUCGAAGAGUCGAUGAAGUACAAGAAACUUACGAACGCGCAGCGAUCCGGUCUGAACCAGAUCCCCAACCGUCGCUUUACGCUGUGGUGGUCACCCACCAUCAACCGUGCCAACGUCUACGUGGGCUUCCAGGUGCAACUGGACUUGACGGGCAUAUUCAUGCACGGCAAAAUCCCCACGCUCAAGAUCUCGCUCAUCCAGAUCUUCAGGGCUCACUUGUGGCAGAAAGUCCAUGAGUCCAUUGUUAUGGACUUGUGUCAGGUGUUCGAUCAAGAACUCGACGCCCUCGAGAUUGAGACAGUCCAAAAGGAAACGAUUCACCCACGUAAAUCCUACAAGAUGAAUUCCUCGUGCGCCGACAUUCUUCUGUUCUCCGCGUACAAGUGGAACGUUUCCCGCCCAUCGUUGCUCGCUGAUACCAAGGAUACAAUGGACAACACAACGACACAAAAGUACUGGCUCGACAUACAACUCCGAUGGGGCGACUACGACUCGCACGACGUAGAGAGAUACGCGCGAGCCAAGUUCCUGGACUACACCACGGAUAACAUGUCCAUAUACCCGUCACCCACUGGACUGCUUAUAGCCAUUGAUCUGGCUUAUAACUUGCACAGUGCGUACGGCAACUGGUUCCCGGGAUGCAAGCCCCUCAUACAGCAAGCGAUGGCGAAGAUAAUGAAAGCGAACCCGGCGCUAUAUGUGUUACGAGAACGCAUACGCAAAGCACUCCAGCUCUACUCGUCAGAGCCGACUGAGCCGUACCUAUCCAGCCAGAACUAUGGUGAACUGUUCUCCAACCAGAUCAUUUGGUUCGUCGACGACACAAACGUAUACCGAGUGACGAUCCACAAAACGUUUGAAGGCAACUUGACGACGAAGCCCAUAAACGGAGCCAUCUUCAUCUUCAACCCGCGAACUGGACAACUGUUCCUUAAGAUCAUCCACACCAGUGUCUGGGCUGGCCAGAAACGUCUCGGACAACUCGCGAAAUGGAAGACGGCUGAAGAAGUGGCGGCCUUGAUUCGUUCUCUGCCUGUUGAAGAACAGCCCAAACAGAUCAUUGUCACGAGAAAGGGAAUGUUGGAUCCUCUCGAGGUCCACUUGCUAGACUUCCCUAACAUCGUGAUCAAGGGCUCGGAGCUGCAACUGCCGUUCCAGGCGUGUCUGAAAGUGGAGAAGUUCGGCGACCUCAUCCUGAAGGCGACUGAACCACAGAUGGUGCUGUUCAACUUAUAUGAUGACUGGCUGAAGACAAUCUCUUCAUAUACUGCAUUUAGCAGACUGAUCCUGAUCCUGCGAGCGCUCCACGUGAACACAGAGAGAACCAAGGUUCUGCUGAAGCCAGACAAGACGACGCUCACAGAACCGCAUCACAUCUGGCCCACGCUGACUGACGAUGAUUGGAUCAAGGUAGAGGUCCAGCUUAAGGACCUCAUACUCGCUGACUAUGGCAAGAAGAACAAUGUGAACGUGGCGUCCCUCACGCAAUCCGAGAUCCGCGACAUAAUCCUGGGGAUGGAGAUAUCGGCGCCGUCCGCUCAAAGGCAACAGAUCGCAGAGAUCGAGAAGCAGAGCAAGGAGCAGAGUCAGCUGACGGCCACCACGACGCGCACCGUCAACAAGCACGGCGACGAGAUCAUCACCUCCACCACCAGCAACUACGAGUCGCAGACCUUUAGCUCGAAGACAGAAUGGCGCGUCCGAGCCAUAUCAGCGACGAAUCUCCACUUGCGAACAAACCACAUAUACGUCAGUUCCGACGACAUCAAGGAGAGUGGUUACACAUACAUUCUACCUAAGAAUUUGCUCAAGAAGUUUGUGACCAUAUCCGAUUUGAGGGCACAGAUCGCAUGCUACCUAUACGGUACAUCGCCGCCAGACAACCCGCAAGUGCGUGAGGUCCAUUGCGCGGUCUUACCGCCUCAGUGGGGCACGCAUCAAACGGUCCACUUGCCCCGUCAGUUGCCCAAACACCCCGCGCUGGCACACUUGCAACCCCUCGGCUGGAUGCACACUCAACCCAACGAGUUGCCGCAACUCUCGCCUCAGGACAUAACAUCACACGCGAAAAUUAUGUCCGAGAAUCCAACAUGGGAUGGCGAGAAGACAAUCAUCAUAACCUGUUCCUUCACGCCCGGCUCCUGCUCGCUCACCGCCUACAAACUGACGCCCAGCGGGUACGAGUGGGGUGCGAAGAACACCGACAGAGGGAACAACCCUAAGGGCUACCUCCCCAGUCACUAUGAGAGGGUGCAAAUGUUGCUGUCGGACCGAUUCUUGGGGUACUUUAUGGUGCCUUCGCAGGGCAGCUGGAAUUAUAACUUUAUGGGUGUUCGCCACGAUCCAAACAUGAAGUACGGCGUGCAACUAGGCAACCCCCGCGAAUUCUACCACGAGGUGCAUAGACCGGCUCACUUCAUGAACUUCGCGGCUAUGGAGGAUGCAACGGCCCCCACUCUAGCCGCCGAUAGGGAGGACCACUUCGCUUAGAAUAAACCAUAGACUAAAAAUAACUUUUAAGCAAACUUCAAUCAGUUUUUGUAUUUUUUGAGAAAUGAUAUCAGUUUUGUGUUGGUUGUUGAAUUCUGUGUACGAAACAAGUAUGAAAACUGUAAAUAAAUAAGAAUAAAAUA